AUGUUUGACACCCCAUUUUCUGUGGCCGUUUGCGGUCCGAUACGCCGCGCAUCAGCUCAACCUCUGGCCCCGUGUCUCCGUGCCGGAGACCUCGCCUACACUGCGUUGGACGGGGAAGGUUGGCGAUGCGUCACGGCGUUUCGGGUCUGGGAUUCACAUGCCCUUGUUCGUGAUACCUCCGCGGAUAAGCUCUCUUCUCGCGCCUAUCCUUGCGUCUUUCUUGGCUUUCCCACAGACGCGCCUGGCUGGCAGUUUUACCACCCAGCCUUGCGUCGCAUCCUGUUCUCUCAGGACGUCACCUUUGACGAGUCGGUUUCCUUCUACCGUCUCUUUCCUUUCCGCACUUCCCCGCUCCCCCCUCCGCCGCUCUUCCUCACUCCAGGUCCUCCCCAGGUAGACCCCCUCCCCCCUCCAGGUCCUGCUCCCUUAGGUGUGUCUCUGGUGGACCCACCCCCCUUCGUUGAGCCUUUGGAGUUCACCUGUGACACCUCUGGCCCAGCUGAGGGGGGUGACGUUGCUGCUGACGACACAGCAACCACUCACCGCUCACCUCGCUUGGAGACCCCUCCGGGUUUCCCGCCGCGACCGUCUUCGCCGCCUCUGCAGCCGGUUGCUGUCGACUCUGGUGCUGCUGGGGGUGGUGACCCUGGGGGUGCGGACGCUGCUGGAGACGCCUCUGGCAGUACUGGUUCUGGGGGUGCUGAGUCUGGGGGUGCUGGUUCUGAGGGUGCUGAGCGUCCUAGUGGCGGUGGGGUCGUUGGUACCACUGCUUGUGGCUCUGAGGACGUACAGCAGCAGCAGUCUCGUCGACAGGAGACUUUCUCGCCACAGCAGCUUCGUGAAUGUGCUGGAGGUACUGGUGACGGAGGCGUUGGAGCUGUAGGUUUUGGAGCUGCUAGAGCUGAAGGCACUGGUGCUGGAGGCGACGGAGCUCUAGGUUCUGGAGCUGCUAGAGGUACUGGUGCUGGAGGCGCUAGAUUGGGAGGUUCUGGAGCUACUGGAGCUGGAGGUGCUGGCGCUGGAGACGUUGGAGCUGUAGGUACUGGUGCUAAAGGCACUGGAGCUGGAGGUUCUGGAGCUACUAGAGCUGGAGGUGCUAGCGCUAGAGACGUUGGAGCUGUAGGUACUAGUGCUGGAGGCACUAGAGGUGCUAGUGCUGGGGGUGCUGCACCGCAGCGAUCGUUUUUCCGUGUCCCCCUGCCGUCUCCUCCUGCGUCCUCUCUUCCUAACGUUCUUGACCCUGAGUCUGACCGUGCUCGUGCUGCUAGUCCCACUGUCACGCGUCUCCUCGCCACUCUUGUCAGCGACCCUGCUUUUGAGUCAGCUGCUGCGUCUGCCUUAGUUGCUGAGCUCGUUGACUUUGCUGCUGCCUGUCGUCUCGACUAUGUCGCUAGUCUUGUUACCGAGUCUGAGUCUGACUGUCCUCCGUCCGUCGGGGGUGAGUGUGCCCUAGGCACGAACAUCCUUGAGGACAGACAAUUUGAGCUUGAGUGUCUUGCGGCUGCUGUACCUCAUCUCGCUGCCAUGCUGCUUGCCCCUGAGGGAGACCCGAAUGCACUAGACAUCCCGACCCCGCGCUCUUAUGCAGAGGCGAUCACGGGUCCUUACUCCUCUCAGUGGCAGACAGCCAUGGACGCAGAGAUGGCAUCCUGGAAGUCCACAGGCACUUACGUCGACGCAGUUCCCCCACCUGGGGCGAACAUAGUCGAUGGCAUGUGGAUUUUCAGGACCUUCUCCCCCACUCCGAAGAUGACCACUCUUCGGGUGUUGCUGCACGUUGCAGCACAGCGUGACUACGAGCUCCACUCUCUUGACUUCAGCACAGCUUUCUUGCAGGGCAGCCUACACGAGGAGAUCUGGCUGCGCCGCCCACCUGACUUCACUGGGUCGUUUCCUGAGGGUACCCAGUAG